AUGACCUCCAGGCUGGAUAAAAUAGCCAACCAAAUUGAGGAAACUAGAUUGUCCAAAGACGAUGAAGUGACGAACAAGUCUGAUGGCGCAUCAGCCAGCGGUGCCAGCCACGUGUUUGAUGCAAAGCAAAUCGACCCAGUCCUCGCACGGAAAAUGGCCUUGGUAAAUGCAGCAAUCGACGAGAUUGGCAUGACGAGGUUUCAAUGGAAGUUGUUUUGGCUCAAUGGAUUCGGAUACGCCGUAGACUCGCUUCUAGUCGUGUGCCAAUCAAUUGCCAAUCCCGCUGUUCAGCAACAAUAUGGGCGACCGAGUGCUCACAUUUCCGGCAUUCCAAUGGCGUCGCAAAUCGGUCUCCUUGUCGGCGCCGGCCUCUGGGGCUUCUCGGCAGACGUCAUUGGAAGAAAGCUUGCGUUCAAUACCAGUCUUUUUUCUUGUGCGGUAUUCGUCAUCAUUGCAGGCGGCAUGCCGAGCUACAUUUCUUUCGCAUCUCUGUACGUGUAUCAAUCUCCCCGUCAUGCACCCGAAGCUGACCGUGAAUCCAGCGUGGCGCUCUACUCUGCAGGUGCCGGCGGGAACUACAUUAUAGAUGCCACCAACUUCUUGGAGUUCCUGCCCACCAGCCAUGCGUGGCUAGUCACCUUCAUGGCCGUCUGGUGGGCGGUUGGUUACAUGAUUACCGGUUUCCUGGCAUGGGCAUUCAUGAGCAACUUCAGUUGCGCGCCAAAGGCUACGCCAGCAACAUGUUCCACCUCGGAUAACAUGGGCUGGCGAUAUUUGCAUUUCACCUGUGGCGCAUUGGUCUUCGUCUUGGCACUGGCGCGGCUUGCCUUUGUCAAGAUGGUGCAGACUCCGCGGUGGCUGAUUGCUCAAAAUCGCGACGAGGAAGUCAUCCAGACGCUGAACAACAUCUCAAUCAAGGCCCGGAGGCCCCAUUCACUCACACUUGAAAAGUUGCAAGCGGAAGGGGUGGUCCUGCACACUGAGAAAUCAGUUUGGUCCUCCCUGCGGCUGAAGAUGCAUUUCAAAGGCUUGUUCCAAACGAGAAAGCUGGCCUGGUCAACCACGCUCAUCUUGUCCAACUGGUUUGUCAUUGGCAUGGUUUCGCCAUUGUUCAGUGUCUUUUUGCCAUUUUACCUCAAAUCACGCGGGGCACAGUUUGGGAGCGGCUCCAACUACGCGACCUGGAGAGACUACGCCAUCAACCAUGUUGCCGGCCUCUUUGGUCCCAUCAUCGCAGCCGUAUUGGUUGAGACCAAGUUUCUCGGGAGGCGCGGUACUCUGGCAACUGGCGCAUUCAUCACCAUGUUGUUUCAGUUUGGAUACACGCAAAUCAGAACUGAGGCACAAAACGUCGGGGUAUCCUCUGCGAUAUCCGCUGCAUCGUGA